AUGUCAGCCACCACCAUCCAGAGCCUCAAGGUUCUUGUAGAGAGCAUCAUUCUCGACCCAAAAUACCAUGACAUCCUCACAGUUGUCAAGGGCGCACGCAAUGGCGCUGUCUACGGCGCAAAAGUCCGCUUUCCACAUGCCUUGGUGAUGAUAAUGCUCUUUCGCUCCGGAACAUUCCGUGAGAAAGUACGACUCAUUUUCAAUGCUACAAAAACACACGCCCUGAAUUUGGCAAAGUUUGCGACGAUAUACAAGUCAACAUGCUUGCUUCUGAAGCUGUACGGGGCUACGCCGGGCAAAGAAGGCCCUUAUGACAGCUUUAUUGCCGGUCUUCUAGGCGGCUACGUUGUGUUCGGCCAGCGAUCGAAGCGCGGCAAGAUCUCGAGCGUCAGCCAGCAAAUCGUCAUCUACAUCUUUGCGCGCGUCGCGCUGGCGCUGGCGCGUCUGGCAGUCAAGCCCGGCUAUGGUCUUCCGGGGGUGUCAGAACCGAAGCAGAGUGCGACGAUCAGUCACUAUGCCUGGCCAGUCUUUGCCAGCAUGUCAUGGGCAGCCGUGAUGCAUCUCUUCAGAUGGCAUGCCGCCGAGCUGCAGCCUAGCUUGCGCAGCAGCAUGGUUUACAUCUACCAGAAUUCUGACGACUGGGACGGGCUACGGAACUUUAUAUGGCACAACAAAUGA